AUGUUUAGAAACACAUACGAUUCCGACAAUACCGUUUUCUCACCACAGGGACGCUUGCAUCAAGUGGAAUACGCUCUCGAAGCAGUUAAGCAGGGAUCGGCUGCCAUUGGAUUGCGCUCAAAGACACAUGCAGUUCUGCUUGCUCUCAAACGUUCGACAGGCGAGCUUGCGUCCUAUCAACAGAAAAUGUUCAGGAUAGAUGAUCAUGUUGGUAUCGCUAUUGCUGGAUUGACCUCCGAUGCUCGUGUGCUAAGCAAUUUCAUGCGUCAACAAGCCAUGUCAUCCAAGAUGGUUUUCAACAGGCCUAUUCCCGUAAAUCGUCUGGUCUCGUCAAUUGCUGAUAAGGCACAAGUAAAUACCCAAGAAUAUGGACGUCGCCCAUACGGUGUUGGAUUCCUCGUUAUUGGUCAAGAUAACAGCGGCCCCCAUCUUUACGAGUUCUCUCCAUCAGGAAACUCGUAUGAAUAUUAUGCCAUGUCGAUCGGUGCCAGAAGUCAGAGUGCAAAGACAUAUCUGGAGAAACACUACGAAAAGUUUGCUGAUUGUUCAUUUGAAGAUCUAGUCCGUCAUGGGCUUCAUGCUUUACGCGAGACUCUUCAACAAGACAAGGAGCUCAAUGUAAACAACACAUCGAUUGGCAUCAUUGGCCCAAAAAGCGAGCAUGAGAAGUCAGAAACUCCCGGUGGCGCAUUCCGAAUCCUUGAAAAUGAGGCUGUUGAACCGUUCCUCCAGACAAUGCGCUCCAAAGAGGAACUCAAAGAAGAGGAGAGACAAGCGUUAGAUGCAUCAAAGGCGGAGGAAGCAACAGGAACAGCGGCACCCGCAGCCGACGAUGAUGUACAAAUGUCCGGAUAA